ACGUGUUCAGAAACGAACAUAUCUUUUCUCCCCUACUUGGCUCUUGGUGCCUACUUUUCUCCGAUUCUUCAGAUAAUAGAAAAAUGGCAGAUACCAGGAUUGGCAAUAACGGCAACCCGGCUUUGGAUCCAGAUCUCGACCAGCCGCAUGCUCCGGGUCAUGAGUUCGCGCAGUUUGGAGCAGGGUGCUUCUGGGGAGUAGAGCUGGCGUUUCAGCGAGUGGUCGGUAUCUUGAAGACGGAGGUGGGCUACUCUCAGGGCCACGUUCCUGGCCCCAAUUACAAACUUGUGUGCUCCGGUGUCACCGACCACGUUGAGGUUGUUCGCGUCUAGUUUGACCCGCAAGUCUGCUCGUAUUCCGAUCUCCUCUCCGUUUUCUGGGCUCGCCAUGAUCCCACCACCCUUAAUCGCCAGGGUGGAGAUAUAGGGGCACAAUACAGAUCGGGAGUGUACUACUACAAUGAGACCCAGGCUCGUUUAGCCAGGGAGUCUAUGGAAGCUAGGCAAUUGGAAUUCAAAGAUAAGAAGAUUGCUACGGAAAUUCUGCCAGCUAAGAGAUUCUACAGGGCAGAGGAGUACCAUCAGCAGUAUCUGGAAAAGAGGGGAGGUAAGGGCAUUAAACAAUCUGCUGAGAAAGGUUGCACUGACCCAAUCAGAUGCUAUGGUUGAUAUUUAGGUGUUAGCUUCAUAUAUAUCAAUUAGAAAGCUUGACAGUUGCUAUUCCUAUAGUAUAUUGCCUUUCUUUUUUUUGAAAUAAAAAGUGUGAAUUGUAUUACAAGUACCUAGGGGGUGCUACUAUUACAGUAUAUGCUGUAAAAAGAUCUACUGUUGUGAAAAUGUUCUAUUGUCUGCAUUUUAUAUUUUGUAUA